ACACCAGUUCCCUGUACACAGGAAACAAGUUAGCAGAAGCAACCGUAGAGCAAAAAUUACAAAUCUUUUUUAUUCAUUAAAAUAGUUGCAAAGAUUUCUAUUAAAAUGUGUGAACACUACUGCGAUGAUUUGGAGACCUUCAAUCCAGAGGUUGAAUUCUUAAAAUUUAUUAAGCGUAAGCCCGUUGUUGAGACGGCUAAGCUCUACGAGAAGUUGCAUAAACGCGAGGACAUCAAGUGUCCCUAUAACUUCAAGGGAUAUGGCGUGGAAACAGACAGGAACACCAUGUAUCGAACUUGCAACUCCGAAUAUGGUUAUUAUGCACCAAAUGCCUACACUAUCCCAACGAGAUUCUUUCCCCUCUCACAAAGAUUCUCGAACGAUGUGGUUCGAUUUGGCAUGUAUCGCAAUUUCUCUUUGAAUACGCAUAUGGAUAGUACAUACUACUGAGACUCGGAAUUGGACGAUUGCUAUUUGGAUCUUAUUUGUCAGCAUCUUGCAAUGAAUGCAACGUCAAAAGUCACAAAAUUCCUUUUGGCAAUAUUUUGAAGUUUUACACUGAGUUGUGCUCAUAUUACCCCACGAAAAAAUUAGAUUAAAUGCAAAUAGAGAAAA